AAAAAGGUCUUUCGUCCUCGAAGCAGCAAGUCCAGACAACUCUGAAGAGAAUCCCGCCCCUACAGCAACGCCGCUUGCUUACAGUAGCGUCCACCCGAUCACGGAAAUGCCACUCAUCCAAUUGCGCAGUCGGCUCCACAUUCAAAACCCACCUCAUUUCUAGUCUUCUCUUCACUCUCUCAGUCUUUCUCUCAACAGAUAUGGUUACCUAACUAUCCGCUUUGAACGGCUGUUUUGCCUUUACACCAUUUCUGCCCCCAGCCGGAUUUCCCCAUCUUUGGUGAAAUGGAUUCUGCUUGUGCUUCGUUGAAUGCCACUGUUGCUUAUGCAUCAGGUAAUGGAAUCAGCAGUGGGGGAUCGUUGUUCUGGGGAGAGAGUCUAAAGGGUAUCCAGAACCAGAAGUGUAGAGAUUUGAGAGCUCAACCAUGGAAGAAUGUUGGGGUUAACAGCAGGAGCUGUAAAUCGACAAGGCCUGGAGUUAUCAACUCUGUUCUUACACCCGAUCUUGAUCAAGAAACUAUGGCAUUUGAUAUGCGGAUGUUCGAAUCGAAGAAAGCCGACCCGAAGAAUGUUGCUUCGAUCAUAUUGGGUGGAGGAGCUGGGACACGCUUGUUUCCUCUGACUAGCAGAAGAGCUAAGCCUGCGGUACCAAUUGGAGGGUGUUAUAGGCUUAUUGAUGUUCCAAUGAGCAACUGCAUCAACAGCGGUAUAAAGAAGAUAUUCGUGUUAACGCAGUUCAACUCCUUCUCGCUUAAUCGCCACUUAGCCCGUGCAUAUAACCUUGGCAAUGGUGUUAACUUUGGAGAUGGAUUUGUGGAGGUUCUUGCUGCUACUCAAACAAAUGGAGAAACAGGAAAGAGGUGGUUCCAAGGAACUGCUGAUGCUGUGAGGCAGUUCAUCUGGGUCUUUGAGGUGGAUGCGAAGAACAAAAAUGUGGAACACGUAAUAAUCUUGUCUGGUGAUCAUCUCUACCGCAUGGAUUAUAUGGAUUUUGUGCAGAAGCAUGUCGAUACCAAUGCUGAUAUCACAGUUUCUUGUGUGCCCAUGGAUGACAGCCGAGCAUCAGAUUAUGGACUGAUGAAGAUCGACAACACAGGGAGAAUUGUCCAAUUCUCUGAGAAACCUAAAGGCCGUGAACUGAAAGCAAUGCAAGUCGACACAACUAUCCUCGGCCUACCAAAAGAUGAAGCCAAGAGGUACCCUUACAUAGCAUCAAUGGGUGUUUAUGUGUUCAGAACUGAUGUCUUGCUAGAGCUUCUGAACACAACCUAUGCCUCGUGCAAUGAUUUUGGCUCUGAAAUUAUCCCAUCUGCUGUCAAGGAUCAUAAUGUGCAGGCUUAUCUGUUCAACGACUACUGGGAAGACAUUGGAACAAUAAAAUCCUUCUUUGAUGCCAAUCUUGCCCUCACUGAACAACCUCCGAAGUUUGGGUUUUUCGAUCCAAAGACACCAUUCUACACAUCACCAAGAUUCUUGCCCCCUACUAAAUUUGAUGAAUGCAGGAUCGUGGAUGCUAUAAUCUCACAUGGCUGCUUCUUAAGAGACUGUAGUGUGGAACACUCAAUAGUUGGUAUUCGUUCUCGUCUAGAAAGUGGCGUCGAGCUCCUGGAUACUAUGAUGAUGGGUGCUGAUUACUACCAAACCGAAGCUGAAAUCGCCUCUGCACUUGCAAGUGGAAACGUCCCUGUUGGAGUUGGACCAAACACCAAAAUCAAAAACUGCAUAAUUGACAAGAAUGCUAGAAUUGGAAGAGAUGUAGUCAUUGCAAACACCGACGGUGUUGAAGAAGCAGAAAGACCAGAUGAAGGGUUCUAUAUCCGGUCAGGGAUCACAGUCAUUCUGAAGAACGCAACGAUUAGAGACGAAACCAUCAUUUAGGCUCAAAGGCUUCCCUAUUCCUAGCUGCAGCAGCAUUAGAAUAAUAUUACGCAACUGGUGCGGUUUAACUGCAUUGAACCACAAGAUACGGUCCGGCUCUGGUGGUGGUGUUCCUAUUCACAGAUCAAGAAGGGUCCUGAUUGCAGAAAACACCGGUCGUGAUGUCAACAUACUACCAAAGGUUGCCAACCUUCGGAAUGCUGCGAAGUUGACGACCCGUAGGCCUUCUACCUCGACCCGGCAUUGCUUCGUUAGGCUUUAGUCCCAUUGCGGAAAUGUUUCGUCCCAGUGUGACUGAUCAUCCUUUAGGACUAGCUAUUCAACCGAGAUGAACUCAGUUCCAUUCUGUUUGUUAAAUAAUCUAGUCUUCUAAUUACAAGUCCCGCAAUUUCAUUUUAUUAAGCAAAAUUAAUCCAAACGAUACAUUCUCAAGAUUCUCAGUGGACGAAUACUCUGUUUCCAAACCUAUCUAUUAUAAACAACCCACCAGCCAAACGAGCACUACGCCUUUCCUUCUUCCCUCAAUUUCCGAUUCCAUUGUGUCUAAUGCCAUUGCCGCCGGCCCACCUUGCUCUGUUCCUCAGCUCGAGAUAAAGCCUCCGAAUCCGGUUGAGCUUAUUCGAUUGAUCGGCAAUGAUCCCAGCAGUCGACCCGUUCUCGCUCAAAACCACCUCGUACCCAUCUCCGAAAUUGUGCAUUCCUUCGGUGAACAGCUGCCAGAACAUCCCGCCGGCGGCGGCGCCGCCAGCUCUGGCCGACGAGUAUAUCGCGGUGUAGACGGUGUCGAACAGCCGAUCCCUCUGUUCUACAGGCGCAGUUCUCAGAGAUUUGCCGAACUCCGCGAAGAGAACGGGUUUCCGGAGAACGUUCUGGGAAUCCUGGAUGUGAACUUGCAGCCAGUGGGUUAAGAAAUCCUGCUGGCUCCGGUCGUCGGAGCUCGGCAGCCAUUGGUCCGGGUAAGAGUGGACCGUGGCGAAAUCGAUUUCCGGGAUCUGAUUGUUGGCGAUGAAAUCGGUUCCCACUUGGAAGUUUGGGUUGUCCUGCUGCUUCUGAGAUUCCGAUUGUCCGUAAAACCCCUCUAGACCGACUUCCAGCAGGUGGUUCCCGUCGAUUGAUUUUAGGUAAGCAGCCAUCUCCGUUAUCCAUUCCUGAAUGGCUCUGCCGGAGGGAUCCGAGGUGCAUCUGGGUUCGUUCAUGAGCUCCCAAGCCAUGAUCGCCGGCUCGUCCUUGUAAUCAACGCCGGUGAUGGUGUUCCGGCGGGUGAGAACCGUCUUUAUGUGAUUCUUGUAGAACCCUUUGAUCACCGAGUUGGUGAAGAAAUCGUCGUCCGACGAAAUCGACUGGCCCUGACUUCUCCCCCAAUUGGCGUACUGCUUCUUCCCUCCGUAAUGCUCGUAGUUGUUCACCAAGCUCAGAAUCAACUUGAUCCCGUUCUUCUUCGCUUCAGACACCACCAAAUCCAACGCCUUUUGAAAACAGAGGACGCCAUUGAGGCCAGGGGAGAUCUGAAGAGCUCUAUCUUGAGUACCAUCGUUGAACGCCCAAGUUCUGGCGAUGGCGAGGCCGUGCCCUCUGGCUUCCUGAAACAAGGUGGAGACUUUCUGCCUCUCGGACGGAGAAGGGUCGGCUGCAACGUACAUGAGCCAAUAGGCGUUGAAGCCAUUGGCGUAAAAUGGGGCGCCGUCGAGCGUGAACUGGGCUCCAUUGGUCUUCACGAACCCAUCUUCACCGGCAGCAAUCCCCUUCUUCCCCUGAAGAACUAGAAGAAGAGUCACGAGCAAAACCAGAGCUUCCAAUCGCUUCAUUUUCCUUUUCUUGCUUUGUGGGUGUUGUUCUGAUUCUCGUGAUUGCAGGCAGGGGCGUAAAAGAAGGAUGCGGAGGCGGUGGUGGGUGGAUUGUUCGUGGGUUUAGAAAUGGCGAGGUGCCGUUUGCAGGGUGGGUUUGUAUAGAAGAAAAGCUGGUUAGUGUACUUUAGUUUGGAGUGGGAGGGAAGGAAAGAACUUACUGUUGACGUAUAUUCAAUGAGCUUUGUAUUAACUUC